GUCCUGCGAGGCCCUGGAAUCCGCGGCGGUGCGGGCUUACACAGCGACGGAAGGCUUCCGGAUGCCGCGCCAAGGGGUCUGGAGGGGAGCGCCGUGAACACCGCUGAACGGCCCUGCAAACCCUGAAAGCGGCCUGCUCUCGUCUGGCAGUCUUCGGCCUUGAAGGGCAGGGAGAUGGCUGUAAAUUUAGGGCUGAUAAACGUCAUACUAGCUCCUAAGUGAUUGACACACCUAAGUGACCUGGGCCCAAGUUCUGAGAAGAUAAGGAAGACACCAUGAAGCCGAAGGUCCAAGGUGCUGUGCACCCACAGGCCCAGCCCCAACUCCCUUUGAUAGAAAUAAUGAAACGGGGAAGGCCUGGGAGUAGGGAGGGUGAUGAUCUCAGGGUUUACGCCACAGACAGUGAACGACCGCAGUCGGGAGAGGUGUCUGAGGCGGCUGCUGACUCCACCAGCCGCUGUCCAGCGGAACAGAUGGUCGGGUACUACAGAGUCACAGUUUUUCAGUACCCGUAUAAACCCCAGUAGUGUUUAAUAAAAUCCGUUGUCCACAAACUAGUAACUCGGGCAUUGCCACUUCCUGUUUGAGGAGACAGAAUUUAAUAUACAGAUUAAGUGUAUUUUUAUCAAUUUUUUGCCAGAACUUCCCGUGAAGAUACCACUCAGUCUGAAAGUCCUGAAUGCUCCUAAUGGAACUAGCAGCACCACUGAGUUUCCCUGAAUCACUGAAAUAGUUGAGGCAUUUAAGUUGAUCGUUCCUAAUUUUAGUUCCACUGUUUUUGAUAAAUUGAAAGUAAGAGAGAUGAAAAAUUGGAAUUUACACCAGUUGCACAAUUACAGUAGACACAGAGGAUCCUGUUAUGGUGAAAAUGACAUUUAUGUUCCUUUUAGAUAUUUUGAGAAAAGAAACUUAGAAAUGCCUAAUAGCUACAAGAUGUGUCUUUCAACUGAGAAAAAUACAGUGAUUUCCCCAGAAGUUCAAUUGAAUCCCACAUACUUUCUGCUGUUCUAGUAGAUGUUGCAUUUUUUUAUGUGUAGUUCACAUAAUUGUAUGACCUAAAAAUGACAUUACAUAGAAGACAGGUCAAUAGCUUUCGAAUGAAGAUGAGCAAAGAAAAAGUAUUAGGUAUUGGAAAGCUAAGCCUACAGCAGAAAUGCCUUUGGGGGCCGAGCGCCGCAGUGGAGCCACCGCCCCCUUGUCACUUGGCGGCUGCGUGGGCACGCGGAGCGCUGGGGCUCUGGGUCGCCCCGAUGAUUCUGGGCCAGCGGCAGAGGCAGAGGGAGGAUGACAGCUCCCCGGGAACGCAGUGCCGACCUGGCUCGUUUCUACACUGUCACCGAGCCCCAGCGACAACCGAGGGGCUACAUUGUGUAUAAGGUCACCGCUCACGUUGUUUCACGGAAAAACCCAGAGGAUGUCCAGGAGAUAAUCGUACGGAAGAGGUUCAGUGAUUUUAAGAAACUGCACAAAGAGCUAUGGCAAAUUCACAAACACUUAUUCCGUCAUUCAGAGCUGUUUCCUCCCUUUGCUAAAGGAAUAGUGUUUGGAAAAUUCGAUGAAACCGUCAUGGAAGAGAGAAGACAGUGUGCCGAAGACCUGCUGCAGUUCUCUGCCAACAUUCCCGCUCUUUACAACAGUAAACAGCUUGAAGAGUUUUUCAAGGGCGGGAUACUCAACGAUGGCUCUGAAUUAAUUGACCCCACCAAAGGUUGCUCGGACUCCCUCGCUGAUGCUGUUCCUGAGUGUAGUGCGGAAGGCUUCUCCAGUGACAGUGAUCUGAUAUCCCUUACUGUUGAUGUGGAUUCUCUUGCUGAGUUAGAUGAUGGAAUGCCUUCCAAUCGAAAUUCUCCCAUUAGAACUUUGGGUCUCAGUCUUUCCUCGGAGUCUUCAGCACCAGGGGCUGUUGCUUCUGACAGCGAAAAGAACAAAACAGAAGAACAGGAAAGUCACAGCCUCUUUCCUGGCAGUUUAAAACCUAAAUUUGGCAAGACAGAUUAUUUGGAGAAAGGAGAAUUAAUAAAACUGGCCUUGAAAAAGGAAGAGGAAGACGACUAUGAAGCUGCUUCUGAUUUUUAUAGGAAGGGGGUUGACUUACUCCUAGAAGGUGUUCAAGGAGAGUCCAGUCCCACCCGCCGUGAGGCUGUGAAGAGGAGGACAGCGGAGUACCUCAUGAGGGUGGAAAGCAUCUCUAGCCUCCACCAAGGACCGCAGCUGGGCAAUGGGUCUCAGCCUCCAGGAUCACUAAGUUCAAGGCCCCCUUGGAACCUAAGGAGCCCCGCCGAGGAGCUGAAGGCCUUCCGAGUCCUUGGGGUGAUUCACAAGGUUUUACUUGUAAUGGACACAAGGACAGAGCAGACAUUCAUCUUAAAAGGUCUGAGGAAAAGCAGCGAAUCCAGCAGGAACAGAAAGACCAUCAUCCCCCGCUGUGUGCCCAACAUGGUGUGUCUGCACAAGUACAUCGUCUUGGAGGAGUCGGUGUUCCUGGUGCUGCAGCAUGUGGAAGGUGGCAAGCUCUGGUCAUAUCUCAGUAAAUUUCUAAAUAGAAGUCCUGAAGAAAGCUUUGACACCAAGGAAGUAACGAAGUCCAUGCUUGCUGAGGUUCACCUGCAGCAGCCAGCUCCCAGUCCUCAGGACAGCAGCUGCUUUGAGUCCAGGGGCAGCGACGAGGGAGGCGUGCUCAGAGUUCUGCCUCUGAAGACCAGUCUCACUCCAAGUUCUCAAGAGGACAGCAACCAGGAAGACGAUGGCCAACACAGCUCUCCAAAGUGGCCCGAUUCUGGGUUAAGUUCAGAAGAGGACUGCACUACUAGUUAUUUAACAUUGUGCAGUGAAUAUGGUCAAGAAAAGAUCGAACCAGGGACUUUGAAUGAGGAACCCUUUGUGAAGACUGAAGGGAAGGAUGUUGGUGCCAGAGCCGUCCAGCGCUUCCCAGCAUGCCUUGCUGUCGACAGUGCCGACUCCAGCACACAGCUGAGAGCUGACAACUUGAAGUUCUUCCUUGGAGAUGAGGACUCUGAAGUACUUCCUUCUCCAAGAACAUCCGAUUCCCUUAGCAGAUCAAAAAACAGCCCUAUGGAAUUCUUUAGAAUAGAUAGUAAGGACAGCACAAAUGAAUUUCUGGGACUCGAUUUUGGAGAAAAAUUGUACAGUCUGAAAUCAGAACCCUUGAAGCCAUUCUUUGGUCUUCCAGAUGGAGACCAUACUUCCAAGAGUUUGAAUGCCAGGGAAAGCAGGGUCGAGUUUACAGCUCUGGACACCGUUAGCAGGGGCUCAGAUGAUUCAGUCCCAGUUAUCUGGUUUAAAGAUGCAGCUUUUGAUGAUAUCACUACUGACAAAGGAAGGCAUGAUCUUCUUGUAAAUCUACCUGGUGAAUUGGAGCCACCAAAAGAAGCUGCAGCUAUAGGACCUACUAAGUUUACACAGACUUCCUGAGGCAGAGUAGAAAAUAAGCUGCUGGAGGCUCCAGAUGUGUUAGGUCUCCGGCUUAGUGCUGAACAAUGCCAAGCCCCUGAAGAGGAAGGCUCAGAGAACCUGAGUGGCCCCUCCAGGCCUGGGACACACUAUGUCCGGGAAGACCUGGGGGUGUUAUUUGUAGCAGCUGUUGAUCAUAGCGGUUCAGAAGACGCGUCUUUGUUACAUAACUCAGAUCCUAAGUUUGGACGACUCCGAGUAACUGAGUCGGCAUUAACUGGAGACAACGUGGAAGAAAGCUUAUUCCAUAUUUCUGAUACACUCUCAGGUGCUAACAAAUAUAAUGCAAACACAGACACUUUAAAAACGGAAAUAUUGCUGUUUACAGAUCAGACUGAUGACUUGGCUACUUCUUUAUUCCAAAGAAACUCAGAGACUAAGGGCGAAAGUGGUUUAGCCCUGGAAGGAGACAAGGAAAUCCAUCAGAUUUUUGAGGACCUUGAUAAAAAAUUAGCACUAAACUCAAGGUUUUAUAUCCCAGAGGACUGCAUUCAAAGAUGGGCAGCUGAAAUGGUGGUAUCCCUUGAUGCUUUACAUAGAGAGGGAAUUGUGUGCCACGAUUUGAACCCAAACAACAUCUUAUUGAAUGAGAGAGGACACAUUCAGCUAACGUAUUUUAGCAGGUGGAGUGAGGUUGAAGAUUCCUGUGACAGCGAUGCCAUAGAGAGAAUGUACUGUGCCCCAGAGGUUGGGGCAAUCACAGAAGAAACUGAAGCCUGUGAUUGGUGGAGCUUGGGUGCUGUCCUCUUUGAACUUCUCCCUGACAAGACUUUGGUUGAGUGCCACCUGGCAGGAAUAAAUACUCACACUACCUUGAACAUUCCAGAAAGUGUCUCCGAAGAGGCUCUGUCCCUCAUUCAACAGCUCUUGCAGUUCAACCCCCUGGAACGUCUGGGAGCUGGAGUCGCUGGUGUUGAAGAUAUCAAAUCUCACCCGUUUUUCACUCCCGUGGAUUGGGCAGCACUGAUGAGAUGAACGCCACCCAGGGCUAUUUUCACACAUUCUGAUCUCUGAAACAGCAGCUCAGCUGCACAGUGCACAGUUGUUACUGAGCAGCAAAGCCUCCGGAUCAAGGCCUUUUGAGGACCUGGGGGAGGAGCUAAAAGAGCUUUCACUUACACUCACUGUCUGGACAGAUACUAGCUAAUUGUUCCAGGAGCUGUUAUAUUCGUACCUUUAACCAAGGUGUUGCUUAAUGUAAUCCACAUUCGGGUGGCAAGUGUGUGCAAACCUGGCUGAAACAGGAAUGCGCUUCCAGAGGUUCCUCUGACUCAGCUCUAAGUACAGACCUGCUUCACUUGAAAGAAAGAACCUUACAAGGCAGCUGACUCCCCUCUGCUAACCAAGGUCGGUUUACAUGAUCAAAUUAUUUGCUGAAUAAUGCACUGAAAGUGCUUGGUGAACAGUGUCAUCUAUGGGGCUUGCAAAGUGAAAAAAUGCACCGUGACAUGUGAAAGGAAACCCACUCCAAGAUGUGUAUAACUCGUGGACUUUGAAUGUGGCUCCAGAUGAUUUCUGUGAGGCGAAAACACUUUAUGUUGUCACCGUGGAACUUGGUGGGCUGGCAGUGCUUCUUUAGGGAGGUUCAGAGAAACACUUCCUGCCCUUCAGCCUUGUCUUUCUUUCCCCAUCUUUCCAUUUCUUGCAGCCUUUGCUGAUUCUUUUCCUCCACCCCUUGUUAGCAGCACAUGUGCAACAAAAAAGGGGAAUAUUUAUUUCCCAAAUUGUAUCAUGUUAGUCAGGACUAAAAAAUCAUGACAUAAAAUAAAUGUGGUAAAAAAUGAAAAAAAAAUACCUUUGGGAAAAGUAAAGAUUGUGCCACUACUUUUAGAAAAUACACUUCAUCUGUAAAAAUGAUGUAAGUGAUUCAAAUUUUGAAGGUAUUUUAAUACUGUGAA